UGUGUAUGUAGGCCUGUGUAUAUGUGUGUGGGUGUGCAAGUAUGCAUGCACACUAUAUGUCACAUAAGCUUGAUGUUUGUAUGGGGUUGGAAUGUUAGCACAUGUAUAUAAAUGGACAUUUUGGGACAUGAUUUAUAUAUUUCUUCUCUCCCAUCACCUAUCAACAUAACAGGAUUGAACACAACAGAAAAGGCCUUCUCUCUGCCUCAAAGUGACCCUUUACCUGCUCGCACCACUGAAGUCACACCCGCAAGCAUCUCUGAAAGAGAAAUUGACUCCUCAGAGACCACAUUACUUCCAGGGUUUUCAUCCACGCUGGAGCCUCACCUGUCCAUGCAGCCCGACCCGCAGACGCCCUCGGCCAGAGGACCUGACAUGCAAACAUUCAGCAGUCACGCUCACCUUACCACACUCAUGCCUGCUCCCAAUGGGACAGACUCACCAGGUUUGGGGCCUCUUUUUCAGAAUCACAUCCAUGCCAGUAUGUGGCAUGAUGGACUGAUAGUGUUGGUGCUCCUUCUGAUUGCAGGACUGCCAGGGGAGAGGACUACACCGGAGAUUUUUUCUUCAGGCACAGUCCUUCCUUCAGACACCCUCAGCCUUGCACGCAACAGCUCUGCUGCCUCACCUACACACACUUCCGACAUCAGCGCCACAAAUAUCUCCUCAGGUGACAACCUUACAACCCCUGCACCAUCCACUCUGGGCUUUACAAGCACUGUGCCUCCAAGCACAACAAUAGGUGACAAUCUUACCCCCAAUCAUUCAGGCAUACCUCUACCACUGCUGAGGAUGUCCUCACAGACUUCCUGGCUUUCACUACCUCAAGGCUUCCUUUUUUGUGCAAUCUACCACCCUACCAACAUGUGUCUUUUUUUCCUAGACUUUAUGAACAUUUCUGUGGCUUACUCCUAUGACAAGAAAACUGAGUAUUUUAAGGCAGAGCUAAAAUAUGUCAAAACCCCUGUGUGCGGAAAUAAGAAUUGUGAAGAAGAGCUUACCAACCUAACAAAAUGCUUACAGAAAAACAUCAGUGUGACUGAUGGCUCAUGGCCUGAGAUGUUUGAGCUACACACCUGUACAGAAGAACAAGAAGCUAAUACUUCAAUUUGUUUGGUGUGGGAAGAAAAGGAGCCUAUCUGUCACAGUAGAAAAGUCUCAUACAGAUUCUACUGUGGUACAGGUAAUCCACAGAUGAUACCUUGGAAAGAUCCACCUACAAAAUUUCAUCUAUACAACCUUACUUCCAAAACGGAGUACAAAUGUGAUACAGAAAUUCUCUAUAACAAUGUAACAUUUUUCAAUAAAACUAAAUACGUGGAGACAGAUUUUGGCAAAAACUGCAAAGAGUUGAAGAGGAUUACGAACAGUUAUGUGGUGACGGACCUGAAGCCUUAUAAAAACUAUACCGUGUCAAUUUUUCCUUAUGUCAAUGGAAUGGUGCAGCGUAAUGGGACUGCUGGGUCAUGCACCAUUGAGACAGAAGCAACUUAUCCAAGCCAGGUCAAAAAUGUGAGAACCUUCCGGACGUCAGAAAAUAUUAUAAGAGUCACAUGUGAUCCUCCUGAUGAUUUUAAUGGCCCUAGAAAACUUUACAUUUUGGAUGUCAAAAGUGGAAAUUCCUUUUUUAAAAAUUUCAGUCACACCAGAUGCAAAUUCGAUGUAGAUGAUCUCUACUAUUUAACUACCUAUAAAUUUCUGAAUAAUAAGCUCUCGUGUGUCAUUUUAUUUCUAGAUAAUGCUAAAGCACUGAUUAUAUUCCUGGUGUUUCUGAUUAUUGUGACAUCAAUAGCCCUGCUUGUUGUUUUGUAUAAGAUCUAUGAGCUGCGUAAAAAAAGAAACAGCAACUCCGAUGAACAAGAGGAACUUGUUACUUUAAGGGAUGAUGACAAGCAGCUGAUGGACGUGGAACCAAUUCAUGCUGACAUUUUGUUGGAAACAUAUAAAAGAAAGAUUGCUGACGAGGGUAGACUUUUUCUGGCUGAAUUUCAGAGCAUCCCACGGGUAUUCAGCAAGUUUCCUAUCAAAGACGCCCGGAAGCCCAAUAACCAGAAUAAAAACCGUUAUGUUGACAUCCUUCCCUAUGAUUAUAACCGUGUUGAACUCUCUGAAAUAAAUGGAGAUGCAGGGUCCACUUACAUAAAUGCCAGCUACAUUGACGGCUUCAAAGAACCCAAGAAGUACAUUGCUGCACAAGGACCCCGGGAUGAAACGGUUGAUGACUUCUGGAGGAUGAUCUGGGAACAAAAAGCUACAGUUAUUGUCAUGGUCACACGAUGUGAAGAAGGAAACAGGAACAAGUGUGCAGAAUACUGGCCGUGCAUGGAGGAAGGCACCCGGGCUUUCAGAGAUAUUGUUGUGACCAUCAAUGAACACAAACGAUGCCCCGAUUACAUCAUCCAGAAGCUGAACAUUACACAUAAAAAAGAAAAAGCAACUGGAAGAGAAGUGACUCAUAUUCAAUUUACCAGCUGGCCAGACCAUGGGGUUCCUGAAGACCCCCACCUGCUCCUCAAACUUCGACGGAGAGUCAAUGCUUUUAGCAACUUCUUCAGUGGUCCCAUUGUGGUGCACUGCAGCGCUGGUGUUGGGCGCACGGGCACCUACAUCGGAAUCGAUGCCAUGCUGGAAGGCCUGGAAGCAGAGGGCAAAGUGGAUGUCUAUGGUUAUGUCGUCAAGCUGAGGCGACAGAGGUGUCUGAUGGUUCAAGUGGAGGCACAGUAUAUCCUGAUCCAUCAGGCUUUAGUGGAAUACAAUCAGUUUGGGGAAACAGAAGUGAACUUGUCCGAGUUACAUUCCUGUCUGCAGAACAUGAAAAAGAGAGAUCCACCAAGUGACCCCUCUCCUCUGGAAGCGGAGUACCAGAGACUUCCUUCAUACAGGAGCUGGAGGACACAGCAUAUUGGAAAUCAAGAAGAAAACAAGAAGAAAAACAGAAAUUCAAAUGUUGUUCCAUAUGACUUUAACAGAGUGCCACUUAAGCAUGAACUGGAGACGAGCAAGGAGAGUGAGCCUGACUCCGACGAGUCUUCAGAUGACGACAGUGACUCAGAGGAAACCAGCAAAUACAUCAAUGCAUCUUUUGUGAUGAGUUACUGGAAACCAGAAAUGCUGAUUGCUGCUCAAGGGCCACUAAAAGAGACUGUUGGUGACUUCUGGCAGAUGAUAUUCCAAAGAAAAGUCAAGGUUAUUGUGAUGUUGACGGAGCUGACGAGUGGAGACCAGGAGGUCUGUGCUCAGUACUGGGGAGAAGGGAAGCAGGCACAUGGAGACAUGGAAGUGGUGUUAAAAGACACAGACAAGUCCUCAGCCUAUACUCUCCGCACAUUUGAACUGAGACACUCCAAGAGGAAGGAGCCCAGAACUGUGUACCAGUACCAGUGUACCACGUGGAGUGCGGAGGAACUUCCUGCAGAACCCAAAGAACUGGUGUCUAUGAUUCGGAACCUCAAACAGAAGCUUCCCAAGAGCUGCCCUGAAGGGAUGAAGUACCACAAACAUGCACCAAUCCUGGUCCACUGCAGAGAUGGGUCCCAGCAGACCGGGUUGUUCUGUGCUUUGUUCAAUCUCCUGGAAAGUGCAGAAACAGAAGAUGUGGUUGAUGUUUUUCAAGUGGUCAAGUCUCUACGCAAAGCGCGGCCAGGGAUGGUGGGCACCUAUGAGCAAUACCAGUUCCUCUAUGACACCAUUGCCAGCAUCUUUCCUGCCCAGAAUGGACAAGUGAAGAUAUCAAACAGCCAAGACAAAAUUGAAUUCCAUAACGAAGUGGAUGGAGCCAAGCAGAAUGCUAACUGUGUCCAUCCAGCUGGUGCCCUGGACAAAACGCAGGAAGACAAGAGUGAGGUGGAAGCUUCGGAGCCUGCCAGUGGUACUGAGGAGCCAGAACAUUCUGCCAAUGGUCCUGCGAGCCCAGUUCUAACUCAGAGUUCAUAGGAAAGUACUGGAGUGGGUCAACUCAAAAUCUCAAAUUAGUUGUUUCUAUUUUUUUUUUUUUAGACAUAGGGAAAGAAAAUGGCUGUGCAGUGGUUCAUGGAAUCUGUGUUCCCCUUUGCCACUGUAUAAAAAUAUUUAAGUUUUGUCUAAAGGUUUUGUACAGUUUUAUGCUUAUUUUUAAAUGUAUCUAUAUCAUUCCGCAAGAACGUGUGUAUGAGAGUGUAUCUGUGUGUAAACAUGUGUGUCUGUGUGUAAGUGAGUAUGUGUGUGGAUGUGUUUGUGUGUGUGUGUUUGCAUGUGAGUUUCACUCUGUGUGUAUGUGUGUGAAUGACUGUGUCUGUGUGUGUGUGUGUGUGUGUGUGUGUGUGUGUGUGUGUGUGUGUGUGAGAGUGACAGCCAGGUGACAUUAGAAAGAGAGUGCUUUCAAGCCAUUCUAAAUGCUUUUGAGAAACAUUGUCUUUUCACCCCCCCCCCGAAGAAACUAUACAUUUUAUAGCUAAACUGUCAAUUUGUGUGAAGGGUCUAUUUUUCUAAACACCAAUUGAGUCUCGACUCAGUUGUGAAAAUACCAAUGUGUACAUUUCUGGAAUGACCUCAAGAUGUCCCCCUUGGCCUGCUUAUGAUCUUGUAGUUAAGAUGCUAUUUCUGGAGAUAUGUAAAAGUAUCUAAGAGUGCUGUGAGUGUGUGUACCUACUGCAGGGAACUUAACUAAAUUAACAUAUGAGGAUUUAUGCUCCAUAUACUGUCAUUUC